CAGGAAUUGCUCCCGACACUCUUGCGAGGUAGCUAUCGGCAUCAAUUAGGCACCGCAUUCGCCGCUUCACCGACCUUUCAGGAGCCAUAUCCGGCAUCUGGUUGCACCGUUAGAUCGCGUUGUUCCUGCUGGCUGGGCUAUCAAGCUUUUUUCGGCCCCGGAGAUUCAUGGUCGGGGGUUUCGCUAACCGAUCUUCCAGGAACUACAUUCCUCUCUCUCAGGCGGUAAGCUUUCAGGCAGGGUGGCUGAGCGGCACGGCUCAAGUACAAGAAGAAGCCAAGUACCUCUUCGUUUACUCUCUUCUACCUCUAUCAAUCACCGUCUCUCCUCUCCCGUACCUACCUCUUAGCCUGUGGCACAUCUUGGUUUAGAUAUAGUCCUGAGAUACUAGCCUUUGCCUCACGCUCUUACCACCCCGCACCUUCCCAGCCACCUUCCUAGUUUCUUAACACACAAACAUGGCUUCUACAACUCCCUUUCUCACUGCCGUGGCUGGGCGUCGAUCUAUGUACGCUCUCUCCAAGGAGUCGCCUAUCUCCAACGACCGUAUCCUCGAGAUCGUUAACCAUGCUUUGAAACACGCCCCUUCACCCUUCAAUGUCCGGAGCACUCGCUGCAUUGUUCUCUUCGGCGAGGAACACAGCAAGCUCUGGGAGAAUGCGUACAAGGUGACCGAGGCUGCUACUCCGCAAGCGAUUGGCAUUCUUGGCCCAAAAAUCAAGGGCUUUGAAGGCGCAUACGGCACUUGUAUGUUUUUUGACGACUCCGAGGCCUACAACGACCUGACUCCCCGCUUUGCCGCUCUCUCAAAGACCUAUCCUGAGUGGGAGGAGCACUCUUCCGGCAUGCACCAAUUCAUCGUCUGGACUGCCCUGGAGGCUGAGGGCUUGGGCUGCAACGCUCAGCACUACCAGCCAUCAAUUACCCCAUACGUCAACAAGACCUAUGACGUCCCCGCAUCGUGGGCCCUCAAGUGUCAGAUGGUGUUCGGGAAGCCCACCGCCCCUGCUGGUGAUCCUAAGCCUAAGACUCACUUGGAGAAGGCGCUUAGGGUCUAUGGUGCUUAGAGACCUUCUCUGUGCAUCAUUUCUUUCGUAUAGACUACAUCAGCAAAGAGCAUUUCUGGCGAAACUUGGGGUACCCUGUCACUGGAAUGACAUUGGUGCGAAAUCUUUCUAGAUAGAAGAAUUGAACAAUUUCUUCUCAAGUUUCUAUCCUUACAGCUUGUUUGCACAUCUUUCAGAACAAUAAUAUAGAUGCUUUGUCUCGUAAGGCAUCUUGCUGAAAUUUUGGAGAGUAU